AUGUUUCGCUUAAUGAGGAAAAAUUAUUUAAAACUCUUAGAACAUUCAGCAGCUUUGAUAAAAUAUGAAUGUACAUCGCAUUCAGUUGAGUUCGGAACAUUUUUCAAAUCAAAGAGCACACGCUCGUUCUCAAGCAUUGCUUCUUUGAAUUUAUCUGGUAUCUAUCCUCCUAUAGUUACAACAUUCGACGAAAAUGGAAAUGUUACUUUGGACAAGCUGAAGCACAACCUACAGAAGUGGGAAACAGUUCCAUUUCGUGGUUAUGUCAUUUUAGGAUCUACUGGUGAAUUUCCAUACCUUUCAGAAGAAGAGAAGUUAACCCUAGUUAAAUAUGUUAAAGAAAAUGUAUCUAGUGAAAAAUUAAUCAUUGUUGGAACUGGAAACGAAUCAACAAAUGGAACAGUCAAUCUUACCAAUAAAAUGGCAGAUGUAGGUGCAAGUGCUGCUCUCGUUGUUUCUCCAUUUUUUUAUAAAGGCAGAAUGACACAAGACACUUUGUAUGAUCAUUACAUGAAAGUUGCAGAUGCUAGUAAAAUACCAGUCAUUUUGUACAGUGUACCUGCUAAUACAGGUAUUGAUCUCUCUGCCCAACUAGUUGUGAAACUGUCACAUCAUCCAAACAUAAUAGGGCUAAAAGACAGCGGUGGUGAUAUUCAAAAAAUUGGUCACAUCAUAUGUAAAACCAAAGAAAAUGGUUUUCAAGUUUUAGCAGGUUCAGCAGGAUUUCUUUAUGCUGGCUUAUGUGUAGGCUGUGUUGGAGGCGUAUUAGCUCUGGCUAAUCCACUGGGACCACAGGUUUGCAAGUUAUAUGAGCUCUUCCAUGAUGAUGAUCAUGAACAGGCAUCUUACCUACAGCACCUACUUAUAGAGCCAAAUCUAGCGGUGACGAAAAAGUAUGGCAUUCCCGGUGUGAAAGCAGCUAUGGAUCUAUUGGGAUAUCAUGGAGGAUUUUGCCGCCCUCCACUAAAAUCCUUAACGCCUGAAGAAGUUGCAGAUCUAAAGAAAGAAUUCAAAGAGAAUGGGUUUUUAUCUAAUGAAUAGGAGAUAAUCUUUUCCAUUUUCAAGAACUUAUGGAACUAGAUAUUUAUCAAGGAUGUGUGUGUGUGUGUGUGUGUGGAAUAACUAUACCAUUUUCUUGCAUCUAAGUCAAAAGUGCCAAUUAUUUUUUUUUGCCUUUUUUUUAGCUUAUUCUGAAACAAUACCAUAACUUCUAGUCCAAUUUUUUUAGUGCUUAAUAGAUUGAUAGAUUCCAAAGAUAAUUUUUCUAAUUUGCUUACUUCAAUCCUAACCCCAAAUAUAAGUUCCAAUCAGUUGAAUUACUCCCGCAUAAAAUAUACAGAGCGACACACUUUCUUAAAAGAAAUAGUAACUUAAAUCCUGACCCCAAAUAUAACACCACUGUAUAAACCCCUACCUCUAAAAUAAGCCCUAGCUAAGAUGGUCAUUCAAAAGAACGCCUUUGACACAGCUCCCAGAAUUAGGGGGGGGGGGAGC